GUUUUCGCUUUUCACCGAGCUAGAACAACCAUCAUCAUCUUCGAAGCGUCGAGCGUGAGGAACGUGUGUAUGAGAGUUAGGGCAGGAGCGACGACUACACCGACGACGGAACGUUCAAACGAAUCAAGAAACCUCAUCGGUUGCGUCGUGUUCACGCGUGUGAGAGCUCUAUCCAGCAUCGCCGAGUGCGAGAGUGCUGCUGCUCUGUGGUGGAAGACUUGACACUGACUACGGGCGUCGAGUGAGUGAGAGUGUCGUCCGCUGAGGGACUGAGGGAAGAAGAGUGCCGUACCGUGCCGUCCUUCCGUUGCUUACCCGUACGCGUUGCUUGCUCCUGCUGGAAAUCCGCGCGCUUCCCCUUUUCAGGCCGGUCAGGAAGAAGGUUUUAGCAUCGCACCGUAUAGCAGGGAGUCUACAGGCUCGAGUCGAGUUUCGCUUUUGGCAGUGUGUUUUGUGGCGCUGUGCAGGAAGGAAGUGUGUGCUGGCGCAAGAGCGCGCGCGAGAGUAUCAAGGCAAAGAGCAAGAGUCUUCUUCAAGCGCAAGUAAUCGUGCAAGUUGCAGAACUGAAAGUGAAAAUAGGCCUGUCUGGGUCCAACCUCCCUCCGGUGUUGAACAUAGAGCUAUAUAUCCGUUUUGGCGAUACCGAGGCCUACCCGUGCCUCGCACCCACAACCCGUCGUGACGUCGAACCGCGCCGCAAUGAAUAGGCCUUUUGUCCAAGUUCUAAGAAAACUUGGGCUCCUUUUUGUUUUCGCACGGUCGUCGUGAAUGAAGUUAUGCGUAGUGUUUUCGUUCCUGUUUCCGUAAACCAGAGUGUGCAAGAAUAACUUUGAAUAUUUCGGACGUUGUGUGAGCGAAGCAACUAUUUUUGCAUCGAUAGGGAAAAACUUAAAAAUAGAUUCUCCGGAUUUUUGUAAUCGAUGACAAGAAAGAAAAGUGAAGAAAAACAAAUGCCAAAGUGCGACACCUCAGUGAUAACGAUUUUUCACGUUUUCCUAUCGUUUUGUGCUGUGUGUUCGUGAGCUCUCAGGGAUCUCCUCUGCGCUGUGUAGCAAACGUCAACGACGAACGAAGACGAAAGCAAGUCCCACCAGAAGAGGGCACGAAAAUAGCGAGAGUGCUGGAGAAUAUUAGCUGCUUUUGCAGGAUUUUUUUUCUCGGUUCGUGGAUGUGAGAAUCGAAUUCCGAAAUAGGAGAAAAAACUAGGGCAAGUGUACUUGAACUACGAAAGGAUGUUUUUGAUCCGUGAUAUCGAAACAGCAGGAUGAAGAAUAGUAAUUCCGAAGUUUGUGCAAGUAACUGACAAUAAAAACCAGAACAUUUUUGAUCUCGAAAGGUGUGAGGCAGUGCUUGAAGAAAGAUAGAAACUCACAGUAAAAGAGCAGUGAUGAACCGUGACGAUUAUCACCACUGAACUAUAGGAAGUGAGUGCGUGUAGAAAAUCGUGAUUUAUCAGUUUUACUUUUCAUCUCCCCUUUUUAACUGAGUUAUCGAGUGUCCCCAACUUAGGGGCCUCCCCAGCCGCGAAAAUAGAUACCUUAGCGUUACACUCGUAUCACCCGCUGCUCCUAAUGGCGCCUCGACGAGGAACCGUAGGCCCGGCGACGGACCUGUUUGGGACUCUUGGUGGCGAUUCCGACCACGGAUUCGAGAGCUCCCAGUCAAUAGACGGGUCCGGCAGCGAAGGUGCCCACAUGACUCGCUGUUGCGUCCCCAUUGGGGACUGCUUCAAAUCUUCCCCGGUCGAUUACGGUUCCAUCAACUUGGAAGAUCUAAGAGAUUGCGUUCGCGUUAUCUGCAACAACGACAAUUGCACCGCUGGUCAGUACAUGCAUCGCGAGUGCUUCGACCAUUGGGAAGAAGGUGUCCUCAACUACCUCAAAUCGAUUGGCCGAGCUCGGUCUUGGUCCGAUAAGCAACGGCAGCAGAACCUGUGGACCAAGAAAGGCUACGACUUGGUGUUCAAAGCUUGCUCCUGCAAGUGCGGACGUGGUCAUCUCCGCAAGGAUCUGGACUGGAUCCCACCAACCUCACUGUUCCAGUCCCGACUGGAUGACGAAUCCGCAAAGAAGAAGAAAAAGAAGAACAGACAGAAUCAGAAACCGACCCUGGCCAUCUCUACCAGUCCUUCGAGCCAUUCGAGCAGCUCCUCCAAUAGUCCCAAUGCCGGAACCGGCGGAACCAACUCAGCAUCCGCUCUGUUGAACACCCUCAAACUAGCCGAUCACUUUGCUACCUCACUAAUGUUGAAUACCAGCGGUGGAAACGGUCACGCCACGGGACACGGACACGGUGCCGGUCGACAACGGACCAAUUCGCUAUCGUCGUCUAGCAAUGGUUCCAGCACUCCUCCGGCCAGUUCUACGACUUCCGGCGGAGGCAGCGAGUGCCAAAGCAUUUCACCGGUCCACAGCGGCCUAGGACUGAGUGGAUGCUCGGUGGCGGCCACGGCAGCAGCACUGGCCAAGUUGCCUUUGACACCGAAAACCAAGGUGGAAAUCUACUCGGAACGAGUGAGGGCGACAUCUGGCGCCAAUGGCAUCUUCUCCCGACGAUUGGACUUUUCCUCCUUCAACAUGCUACCCCGGCAGCGGAUAAACUCCUACUCGAUCAAGGUAAGCUUGUUUAGCAUAUUUCUCGCGAAACAUUACUAA